CCUCGCUAAGGAAAAAAAAGAAGCAACAAUAUAAUGUCGAGUUUCGGAUAUCUUUCGAGUAAAGACGACGCUUCAGCUGUGGAGGAACUCCUUUCACAGGCCAUGGAUCUCCACGUUCUUGAACAAGUCGCAGCUAUCAACCUUGCUGGCGUCCCCGACUCUGCUCUUCCCACUAAUAUUGAAACCCGUUUCCGUCGUCUCAAAUCUCUUCCAGUUUCUGCUCUUCCCACAAAUCUUGAAACCCGUUUCCGUCGUCUCAAAUCUUUUCCAAUUUCUCGACAACCCGAGUCGGUUUCUACAUCCAAGAAGCUUCUAUCCCAGUACUCCAAGAGCAUGGCUGCUUCUUCCUUUUCCGUUGAUGAGAAAAGGAACUUAUCCGGAAGAAUCAAACGUGUUCCGAGUGUGCAAUCUCGUCCAUUGGUUUCAUCUGUUGACCAAACACGGUUUGGUUCGACUUCGGGGAGGUUUUCUCGAGAUGGAAAGGUCUUGUCGCCACCAACAACAACAAAGACACUGAAGCUGCUUCCUACAGAGAAAUCAAGAACUAGCUCAGCUUCGUCUGCCUCUAUUGAUUUAAUGCCGCCAUCAUCGUCCGAACCAGACCAAGAAAAACGGUCAAACCGGAAACCAAAGUCGAAGUUGUUAGUUUCGUGGUUUGACAAGUUAUCACCAUCACGAGCCAUGGGUUGCUUUUAUUUUUCUCCAAGCAUAACGUCAUCAAACAACAAAAACACAAUCAAGAACAGCAGCAAAAUCGUAUGA